AUGAAUCGUGCUGUUACUUAUGACGAUAAAGUCCAUUGCAUUGCUGAUCUUGAACUUGAAGCAAAUAAAAAGCUUCCUCCAAUGGUUCGUGAUUUUUAUGGUGGAGGUUCCAUGGAUCUUAAUACCGUUCGAGAAAACAAAUCUGCUUAUGAUCGUUACAGUUUAAGACCAAGAGUAAUGGUAGAUGUUACCGAGGUGGAUACAAGUACUACUUGUUUGGGAUCUAAUGUUGCAUUUCCAUUAGGGUUUUCUCCAUCUGCUAAUCAUGGACUAGCUCAUCCUGAUGCCGAACGUGGUACGUCCAGAGCAGCUGCUAAGAAGAAGAUUAAUAUGGCACUUUCAAGUUGGACCAAUACUUCUCCAAAAGUUGUCGCGGAACAAGGUAAGGAUGCUGGUAUCUCAUAUGCCCAUCAAUUGAGUGCUGUUAAAGACCAAGAUGUAACUAUGUCCAUUAUUCGUAAUGCAGAAGCUUGUGGGUAUAAGGCUAUUUUCUUGAGUGUUGACUGUCCAUUGUUAGGAAGAAGACUAAAUGAAAUGAAAAAUACCUUUACUUUACCUUCGAAUUGUAAAUUCCCAUGUUAUCCGUUUAUCAAAGGGGGUGACAUGGUGAGCAGUGAUGAUCGUACUCAAUAUGAAACUACGCUCACCUGGUCUUAUAUUAAAGAAUUAAAGAAGAAGACCAAUAUGGAAAUUUGGUUAAAAGGGAUCCUCACUGGUGAAGAUGCUGAAAUGGCCGUUAAUGCUGGAGCAGAUGGUAUUAUUGUAUCGAAUCACGGUGGAAGACAGCUUGACGGUGCCUUGUCCACGUUGGAUGCAUUACCUGAUGUUGUUGCGGCAGUUAAUGGUAGAAUCCCAGUUCACAUUGAUGGGGGCAUUAGAAGAGGAAGUGAUAUUUUCAAAGCUCUUGCCUUAGGCGCUGACCAUUGCUGGGUUGGCCGUGUUGCCGUUUGGGGGCUUGCUUAUAAAGGAGAAGAAGGUGUUUCUAUUGCAUUAAAUAUUUUGCAUGAUGAAUUCCGUUUAGUUAUGGCAUUAAUGGGUUGCACUUCUGUCAAAGACAUCAAGCCAGAACACCUCGCUAGGAUGUCUUCCGAUGGAAGAUUCCACAAGGUUACACGUAUAGCGGAAGCUAAGUUAUAG